AUGGCAUCCGAAAUGGAAGUGGACUCGGUCGUACCGGGAGACGCAAUUGACGAGGGUCUGUACUCUCGUCAAUUAUACGUGCUCGGUCAUGAGGCUAUGAAGAAGAUGGCCGCUUCGAACGUGCUCAUCGUCGGUAUGAAGGGUCUCGGUGUGGAAAUCGCCAAGAACGUCGCGCUCGCCGGUGUCAAGUCAGUGACGAUUUACGACCCCUCCCCAGUGGAGAUAGCCGACCUCGGGACCCAGUUCUUCCUCCGCAAAGCAGACGUCGGCAAGUCCCGAGCGAGCGUCACCGCUCCCCGGCUAUCCGAACUCAACUCUUAUGUCCCCAUCAACGUGCUCGAGGGUUCAGGGGAUAUCACCGCCGACAAGAUUGCUCCAUUCCAAGUCGUUGUAUUGACUAACGCGACGGUGGCGAAGCAGAUUGAGAUCGACGAGUUUGCCCGAAGUAAGGGGAUCUACUUCAUCGCUGCGGACGUUAGAGGGUUGUUUGGAUCCGUCUUUAACGACUUUGGCAAGGACUUCGCGUGUGUCGACUCGACAGGGGAGAACCCGCAAUCAGGGAUGAUUGUCCACGUCGAGGAGAGCGAAGACGCCCUGGUGACAUGUAUGGAUGAGGUCCGGCAUGGUCUGGAAGAUGGAGACUAUGUGACCUUCACGGAGGUCAAGGGGAUGGAGGGAUUGAACUCGGCCGAGCCGCGCAAGGUCACGACCAAAGGCCCGUAUACCUUCACCAUCGGCAGCACGACUGGUCUGGGAGCAUACAAGUCUGGCGGUAUCUUCACCCAGGUCAAGAUGCCCAAGAUCCUCCAAUCCCGAUCCCUCAAGGAGACCCUCACGCAGCCCGAAUACUUCAUCACCGACUUUGCCAAAUGGGACCGACCCGCAACUCUUCACGUCGGUUUCCAAGCCCUCUCCAAAUUCUACGAGACCCACAACCGUCUCCCUCGACCUCGGAACGCUGAGGACGCUGCCCAAAUCGUCUCGCUCGCCAAAGAGAUUCACGCCGCAGCGAAGGGCGAAGAGGACCUCUCGGAAAGUGUCCUCGAAUCACUCGCUUUCCAAGCAACGGGUGAUCUCUCCCCCAUGGUCGCCGUCAUUGGCGGUUUCGUCGCGCAAGAAGUGCUCAAGGCAUGCUCGGCGAAGUUCCACCCCAUGCAGCAGAACAUGUACUUUGACUCGCUCGAGUCACUCCCGUCGACCUUGCCGUCCGAAGCGGACUGUCAACCCCUCAACUCGCGGUACGACGGCCAGAUCGCGGUGUUUGGCCGAGAGUUCCACGAGAAGAUUGCGAGCCAGAAGCAAUUCCUCGUUGGGUCUGGCGCGAUCGGGUGCGAGAUGCUCAAGAAUUGGAGUAUGAUGGGAUUGGGAAGCAAGGGGGAGGGGAUCAUCCAUGUGACGGAUCUGGAUACGAUCGAGAAGAGUAAUCUCAACCGACAGUUCUUGUUUCGUCCGAAGGAUGUGGGACACUUCAAGGCGGAGGCGGCAGCGGCGGCGGUGGCUGAGAUGAACCCCGAGUUGAAGGGGAGGAUCAUCGCGCAUCAGGACAGGGUUGGGCCGGAGACUGAGGAUACGUACGGUGAUGAGUUCUUCGCGGCGGUCGAUGGUGUCACCAAUGCUCUGGACAAUGUCAUGGCUCGCCAAUACAUGGACCGCCGCUGUGUAUUCUACCAGAAGCCCCUCCUCGAAUCCGGUACGCUCGGUACAAAGGCCAAUACCCAGGUCGUCGUACCCUUCAUCACCGAGUCGUACUCGUCUUCCCAGGACCCGCCAGAGAAGUCCAUCCCAUCUUGUACCGUCAAGAAUUUCCCCAAUGCUAUUGAGCACACCAUUCAGUGGGCUCGAGAGGCAUUCGACGCCCUAUUCGUCAAUCCACCCACUACCGUCAACCUCUACCUCUCCCAGCCCAACUUUGUGGAGACCACCCUCAAGUCCUCGGGCCAGCACCACGAUCAGCUUAAGCAGAUUGAGAAGUACCUCGUCAAGGACCGUCCGACGAGCUUUGCCGAGUGUAUCCAGUGGGCGCGGAUGCAGUACGAGACGGACUAUGGAAAUGAGAUCAAGCAGCUUCUCUUCAACCUGCCGAAGGAUCAGGUCAACUCGAAUGGGACGCCGUUCUGGAGUGGGCCGAAGCGUGCUCCUGAUGCUUUGUCUUUCGACAUCAAUGAUCCAUUGGACUUUGCGUACCUCGUGUCCGGGGCCAACCUCCACGCAUUCAACUAUGGCCUGAAGGGCGAGCGGGACCCGGCGAUCUUCAAGAAGGUCGUCCAGGCGAUGAACAUCCCAGAAUUCAAGCCAAGGUCGGGCGUCAAGAUCCAGAUCAGCGAGACCGAUCCCGUCGCGCAGGGCAGUAACGAUGACGAGGACGUCGACGCUAUUGUCAAGUCCCUCCCGUCCCCUUCGUCGCUCGCAGGCUUCCGUCUCGUCCCCGUCGAUUUCGAAAAGGAUGACGAUACCAACCAUCACAUUGACUUUAUCACGGCGGCAUCUAACCUCCGAGCGAGGAAUUACAAGAUUACCGAGGCGGAUCGACACAAGACCAAGUUGAUUGCUGGCAAGAUCAUCCCGGCUAUUGCGACGACGACGGCGUUGGCGGUUGGCUUGGUCUGUCUGGAGCUGUACAAGUUGAUCGACAAAAAGACCAACCUUGAGGACUACAAGAAUGGGUUUGUCAACUUGGCGUUGCCGUUCUUUGGGUUCUCGGAGCCUAUUGCUGCUGCCAAGCAGAAGUACGGCGAGACCGAGUGGACCCUCUGGGACCGAUUCGAGCUUCCCAACAACCCUACCCUCAAAGAAAUGCUCGACUGGUUCAAGGAUACCCACAGGCUCGAGAUCACCAUGGUCAGCCAGGGCGUCUCGAUGCUGUGGUCGUCGUUUGUUCCUCCCAAGAAGGCUGCGGAACGCAUGAACAUGCGCAUGUCAGAGUUGGUGGAGAACGUCAGCAAGAAGCCUAUCCCGCCGCACGUCAAGAACUUGCUCGUCGAGGUCAUGUGCAACGAUGAGGACGAUGAGGACGUCGAGGUGCCUUAUUGUUUGAUCCAUAUCUAG